GCACAAUGAUAUUGCUCAAAAAAAUGAGGCUCCUGCUGUUCCUGGUUUCCCAGGUGGCUGUCUUUGCUCUCUUCUUCCACAUGUAUAACCAUGGCGCCCUGUAUAGAAAGGAGGAGCCCAAGCCUGUGCAUGUGCUGAUCCUGUCUUCCUGGCGCUCUGGCUCUUCUUUCGUGGGGCAGCUUUUUGGGCAGCACCCAGACGUCUUCUACCUAAUGGAGCCAGCCUGGCACGUGUGGAUGACCUUCACCGACAGCACUGCCUGGAGUCUGCACAUGGCCGUGCGGGAUCUACUGCGUUCCGUCUUUCUGUGUGACAUGAGUGUCUUUGAUGCCUACAUGAAACCUGGUCCCCUCAAACAGUCCAGUCUCUUCCAGUGGGAGCAAAGCCGGGCACUGUGUUCCCCACCUGCCUGUGACUUCUUCCCCAGGGAGGAGAUCACCUUCCACGCUCACUGCAAGACCCUGUGCAACAAACAGCCCUUCGCCGUGGUGGAGAAGGCCUGCCGCUCCUACAGCCACGUAGUACUCAAGGAGGUGCGCUUCCUCAACCUGCAGCCCCUCUCCCAGCUGCUGAUAGACCCUUCCCUCAACCUGCACAUCGUGCACCUGGUCCGGGACCCGCGGGCUGUGUUCCGUUCCCGAGAACACACCACAGCAGACCUCAUGAUUGACAGUCAUAUUGUGAUGGGGCAGAAUUGGCAGAAACUCAAAAAGGAAGACCAUCCGUACUACACGAUGCAAAUCAUCUGCAAAAGCCAGCUGGACAUAUACAAGGCCAUCCAGUCCUUGCCCAAAGCUCUGCAGAAGCGCUACUUGCUCAUCCGCUAUGAGGACCUAGUCCGGGCCCCACUGGCUCAGACUUCCCGGAUGUAUGAAUAUGUGGGGUUGAAAUUCUUGCCCCAUCUCCAGAACUGGGUGGUUAACAUCACCCGGGGCAAGGGCAUGGGAGAGCAUGCCUUCCACACCAAUGCCAGGAAUGCCCUCAACGUUUCCCAGGCUUGGCGCUGGUCCUUGCCUUAUGAAAAGGUUUCUCGACUUCAGGAAGUCUGUGGUGAUACUAUGGAUGUGCUGGGCUACCUCCAGGUCAGAUCCAAACAAGAACAGAGCAACCUCUCCCUGGACCUUCUGUCUUCCUGGAAACCCUCUGAGCGAGUCUACCAGGGGGGAGAAGGCUCUGUCCCCACCUGGUUCUAACCUCAGCCACAUUCUGUGAAUGCUUCUGAGCCUUAACUGUGUCUGCAGUUGUGCACAUUGGGUGUGAGUUGUGCCCACACGUGCUCCAGCAGAGAAUUGUGCUAUUUUCCUGUGCAGAAAAGAGACUCAGAGACCUGGUGUGAGCAGCAUAUCCCUUCAAUUACAUCGGGGAUUGCCUCUCUUCUUGAUCUUCCUAUCUGUGAAUACCUCAGAGACUUGGUGGCCUGGAGGCCCAUUAGACACCAAACAGUAUCAGUGGAGUAAGUCCAUAAACGUCCCUGUUUGAAUUUUACCCACUGGGAAGGGGAGAGAAAGUAAAAGCCAGGGAAGUGGGUCUUUCACUGAAGAGUUCAGAAGCACAUUCCACAGAGAGACAGUUCCCAGCGGAUUCAAAGAGGGAAUCAGGAACAGGGUUGGGUGAUUACCUAUGGGUUUAGCCAGAACAACUAGCAGCCAUCACAAACCCUAAACAGACUCUGUACAACAGGGCAAGUUCUGAAGUGCAGUGGAUAGCUGGGCUCUGUUUGGAUGUCAUUUUCCCACAGCAUUUCCUAUCACAUGAAGACUUUGAUCCAAGAAGCUUCCAUCCAUUAAUACUAAAAUUCCAAAAUAAGAUUCUGUUUGGAAUUUUCCCUUUCUAUCUGUAGUAAAUGUUCAUCCUUACAGGAGCCUAACCUAAGAAUAUAAUCAUCUUUAUAGAUUUUUAUAUGUUUGUUAUUAUCUAUGUAUAUAAACCACAUAUAUAAAAAAUUGCCACAAUAAUAUUUGGUGUCAGAUGAUGAACUAAGCCUACAUCCUCUUCAGCCACUUAGCCCUUUCCUGUGUAAGGCAUAAGUUAUAAUAAAGCCAAAUGCAUCACCCUAGGA